AUGGGCAAAGGAAGAAAGUCAGAACGUGGCGGCAAGCCUACGCGUGGAGGCCGUGGCGGCAGCAAGCAAGCUAGCCAAGGACGCCCCAGCUCUCCAGUAAAAAAAUCCAAGAAACCAAUCAAGAAAACUUUAGACGAUGAUGUCUACAAUCAACUUGCUGCAGCAGGAAUCAAAGUCAAGAAAUCCGCUAAGCUGAACUCUCAGCUAUCCAACAUGGAAAAAGAAGCGGCACGUAUUCUCAAACUCAACAAACGAAAAUCAAAACAUGAAACUCCUGAAUUCUUAAAGCUCAGCAAGGACAUGUUGAAUAAGAUUAGAUAUGUUGUUGGAGAGUAUCAUGAUGCUGCUGCGUUGCUUGCUUCGAGGCACGUUGGAGAGGGGGAUGAUACUGAUCAGGAGGAUUUGAAGGAGUCUGACGAUAGUGAUAGUGCUGAAAGUGAGGAAUCUGAUGAUGAGGAUACAGAAGAAUCGGCUUCUGAUGAGGAAGUGGAUUCUGAAAUGGCUGAAGAUGAAGAGGAUGACAAGAUUAUCGCCGCAUACGAUUCAUUCGCUAGAAUUGACGACGACGACGACGACGACGAGUCUGAAGCACAAGCUCCACAAGCUCACACCGAUAAUACGCUAGCACAACACCCGCAACUAGAACAGCAACCGCAAGCUCUUAUACCUACGGAGAAUCCAUCCUUCACCUGGCUGCGCGAUAUCGGACUGCCUCCACAAAUAUGUGCUGAUGGAGUCUCUAAACAUCCAAACAACAAGAUCGAUGCUCUUGCAUUCAUAUGGAGACACGCAUUGAAAAUAGAUGCAUUUGCUAAGAAGGUGCCUGAUAAUGAUGUGGAGAGUAUGCAAGAGGAUGAGGCUAUGGUGCUGGAUAGUAUAUACGGACAUAGGUAUAAACGGUUGUGGAGUGUUUGGGAGAUUGAUACGACGUUCAAAGUUGGUGUACACGCUAGUAAAGGGGAGAUGUGUUCUUUCUUUAAAGCUGGAAAAUGUAAAUACGGUGAUUCAUGUAGCAAACUCCACAUAUCUAAUAAUACAGGUGUAAAUACUACCACCAUCAAACUCGAAUUCCACAUUCCAGCAAACUAUCCAUUUGAAUCUCCUAUAAUCGUCUUGCGUGAAACUAGUGCUAGAUUAUCUAUCGAAUCACGGCUAGCUCUCAACAUCAGGUUACAGGAACUCACAAACGCAUGGAUUGGAAAUGCUAUGGUGUUUGAAGCUGUUGAGUGGCUGAGCUCGGCUGAAGCUAGUCAGAUUUCUAGGGAGCCCAAGGUUGUGAUAAAUACUUUGGUUGGGUACAAGUCUGUGGUAAAAACACAGAGUGUUGAUAAGGGUGAUAGUAAGAAGAAGUUGCAGCCUGCUCAGAAGGAUCUAAGUGCUGUAGUGCAGAGUAGUAGCAUCAAGUCAGGACCAGUAAUGUCGAAUAGUAAAAGUUUGCCUACUGCUCGGUCACUGCCUUCGACGCCGAAACCUGCAGUAUCUGCCCUACCAACACCAGUAAUCGUCAGCAAAAGCACUCCCACUGAUGAGAGCAACACUCUACAAUGGUUGACUGAUAUAGGUUUUCCAAAGGAAUUAUGUGCUACGGCCAUACAACGUAAGUCUACUGGGCUGGAAGCACUGGAAUGGCUGUUUGCAUAUGCACUUGCAAUCGAGAAUCCGCUCAAGCCUACCAAAGUCAUUGGCGACGACUUUGAACAGAUGCGUGAAGAUGAAGCUAUGAUACUGGAUAGUUUGUAUGAAGAAAAGUUUAGUCGCGAUGGUAGUGUUUGGAGGAUUACCAUUGAUUGGCAGGCUACUGAGUUUUCUGUGUGUCCAGAUUUUUUGACGGGCACAUGUCGACGUGGUAAAGAUUGCAAUAUGGCUCACACAUCGAAUGUAUCAACCACUUUAAUCCUUGAAUUCCAUCUACCCGAGAAGUAUCCACUAGAAACUGUCCUAGUCAUCGUUCGUGAACCAGCAUCAGUGCUAACAACGCCAUCACGACUUGCACUCAAUCUCCGCAUGCAAGAACUUGCAGCCUCAUGGACUGGAUCCUUACAUAUACAUAAACUUGUUGACUGGAUAUCACUCAAUGAGGCGCAUAGAAUAGUAAAUAAGCCACCAAGUCGAUAUGAUUCGGUACUGAAAUAUGAUCUAUUACUGGCUCAUAUUGGAGCUGAUGGAGUUCCUGUUGAUGUGAAGGGUAAAGGCCAUGUGACUGAAGUCAUAGAAGAUGAGAAUGAUGAUGAUGACUAUGAAGAUAUUGAGGACGAGUAUGAUGAAGAUGACGACGAGGCGUAUGAAUAUGAAGAUGUGCUUGAUGAUGGGUUUGACGAUGACAUAUUUGAAGACGACUUUGUAAUUGAUGCAAAGGAAGUGCAGACCACAAAGGGCAACAAGCACAAGAAGGUCGACAAAGCCAGCACGAAAAAGAAAUCAGCUGCUUCAGCUCCAUAUGACGAUAUGCCGGAACUAAGUACUGGCAAGAAACGUCAAUCUGAAAUUGGUCUUCAUGAUACCGACGAUUGGUCCCUUCCUGUCUUGAAAGUAAAGGCACCUGUAAUCAAGGCAUCUACCAAACCAAAACCAUCUGACGCCGAUAUCAACAAGGCAUCUGCUCAACUCUUGUCUCAACAGAAAGCAAUGAGUAGUAAUCCAGCAUACACAAAGAUGCGUACGCAACGAGAAUCAUUGCCCGCCUUCUCGCUACAGAAGAACAUUGUAGAUACCAUCAAUAGUAAUCGAGUUGUUGUAAUAUCUGGUGAAACCGGUUGUGGAAAAACGACUCAAGUCCCACAAUUCGUCUUGGAUGAUUAUAUUAGACGAAAUCAAGGUGGUAGAUGUAAAAUACUUGUUACGCAGCCACGUAGGAUAAGUGCGAUUGGUGUGUCCGAUCGAGUCGCCAAUGAACGGGCUUCGAGACUUGGUGACAUGGUUGGGUAUCAGAUUCGUCUUGAGAGUCGCAUGAGUGCUGAGACUAGGAUAUUGUAUUGUACUACUGGGAUCUUGUUGAGGAGGCUGGAAGGUGGUGCUCUGAACGAUGAAGAUGGUAUUGAUGAUAUAUCACACAUCUUUGUUGAUGAAGUGCAUGAAAGGUCUAUUGAUUCGGACUUUCUGAUGAUGGUUUUGAAGGAUUUGCUGGAAAUCAGGAAGGACUUGAAACUAGUGUUAAUGAGUGCCACCCUGAACGCUCAAUUGUUCCAAACGUAUUUUGGAGAGUCAGUACCAUUACUCCACAUCCCUGGUCGAACCUUCCCAGUCGAAGUAUCGUACUUGGAAGACGCACUAGCACUUACAAACUAUGUACCACAACCAAACACUGAAUUCGUACGUAAGCCUGGAGGUAAACGUGCACCAGGACCCGUAUCUGCACCAUCUCAAGGACCAUAUUCUUCUAAAGACCCCAAACGUGGUGCCAAACCCGAAAAAGUCAUUACAGACGAACAGAAACCAGAUGAAGACUUAUCUGUAGAGGCGUUACAGAAGAGAUAUCCGGUUCUCAAUAGCCGUAGUGCCAAUGCAUUACUCACUAUGAAUACUGAUACGAUUCAGUAUCCGCUUGUCGAGAAGCUGAUUGAGUGGAUGAUAACACAGCUCUUUGGGGGCGCCGCUCAGACGCAGAGUGUGCCUGGUAUGAGUAAUAGUGGUAGUCCGAGGGGUAAUAGUAGAGGAGGAGGGGCAAGAGGUCGUGGUGCUCGUGGAAGAGGACGUGGUGGUUGGAGUCAGAAUGAAGUUCAGUCUGCUGGUGCUCAGUCACCUCAGUCUGGAAGUGCUACUCCGGCACCAGCUGGUAUCAAACCAAAUCGGGGUAUACUGGUGUUUCUGCCUGGUUAUGAAGAAAUCUCCACUUUACGAGAAGGCUUAUUGGAUAAUGCAUUCGUUCGUAAUGCUACACAGAAUGGACGAUACGUCUUGCCAGUUCAUGGGUCCUUAUCUAGUGCGGAUCAAGCACGAGCUUUCGAGAGACCAGCAGAAAACGCCGUCAAAAUCGUUAUCGCUACCAAUGUAGCGGAGACAUCAAUUACCAUAGACGAUAUAGUCUAUGUUAUUGACUGCGGAAAGAUGAAGGAGACGAGAUUUGAUCCUUCUAAGGGAAUGGCUUCACUUGAAGCUUGCUGGGUCUCAAAAGCGAAUGCUACUCAGAGGCGUGGUCGAGCUGGUCGAGUAUCCACUGGGUCUUGUUUUCAUCUAUUUACAAGCCAUCGCUUUGAGCACCAAUUACUCGCUCAACAAGACCCUGAAAUUAAAAGAACGCCAUUAGAGCAACUAUGUCUUCGAAUUAAAGUAUUACCAUUCUUGAGUGGCAAGGUUGCUGAUAUCUUGUCAAAGAUUAUUGAACCUCCUUCAGUUGAAGGUGUGGCUCAUGCUGUAUCGACAUUACGAGUUUUGAGGGCACUCAACAAGGACGAAUCAUUGACGCCACUAGGAUUUCAUCUUGCAAAAUUGCCGGUUGAUGUUCGUAUUGGUAAAUUAAUCUUAUUCGGAUCGAUUUUUGGAUGUCUUGAUCGAGUAUUGACGAUCGCAGCCGCACUAUCUCAUCAAUCACCCUUCAUGGCGCCCUUUGAGAAGCGUGACAUUGCUGGUGAACGGAAGAAAGGCUUUAGUCUGGGCAGUUCAGAUCACUUGACCGUACUUGUCGCUUACGAAGAAUGGAUAAAGGCUCGUCAAAGUGGCAAGGACAAGGACUUUUUGUGGUAUAAUUUUUUAUCUGGCAAGACUCUGAGCAUGAUUGCUGGAAUCAAACGACAACUACUCGAACUAUUAUCAGAGAUUGGAUUUGCACCUAGUGGUCUAUACGUGCGAGAUGUUGAACGACGAGGAGGAAGGAACUCUGAUGGUGUUUCGGAAGCACUUCAGAAUACGCAAUAUGUUGCUCGCUCAGACAAUACGAGCCUAAUCAAGGCUUUAUUGAUCAGUGGGCUGUAUCCCAACGUUGUAAAGAUUCAAAGACCACCUCCUACUAGAAAGCCUCGAAAAGGUGGUGAUAAGCCUGGUAAAGUUACGCUGUUGGUUCGUGGUGGUGAUGAGGUUCAUUUGCAUCCUUCUUCUGUGAACUUCCAAGCACCUCUUACGAUGCCCUUCGCCGUCUAUCACGAGAAGGUAAAGACGUCCAAAGUCUUUAUACGUGACGCCACUCUCGUAUCUGCCUACGCGCUUGCCUUCUUUGGUGGUAGAUUAACGGCAGUAAAACAUAACCUCAACUUGGACGAUGGUUGGAUUAGGUUCUUGGCUGUCAAGAGUGUAUCAGCUACACUCCAAGCAGCAAGGACUGCUUUGGAUGAGUUGUUGGCUCGCAAGAUUGAGAAUCCUCGUCUUGAAAUUGGAGGAUUCAAGUUGGUUGAUGUGAUUGUUGAUUUGGUGACAUUUGAUGGUCGCUAG